AUGGAUGCUGCACGAGAAACUUGCGGAUUAGUGAACAAAAUAGUUGGUAGAAUCAGCAACUCGCCUCUCAUAGGUGCUGGUACAUAUGCCAAUGAAUUUUGUGCCGUUUCGGCAACAGGAAAAGGCGAAGCGAUAAUACGUGUUACAGUAGCAAGAGAUGUGGCUGCUAUGAUGGAAUUCAAAGGCCUGUCUCUAAAAGAAGCUGCAAAUUGUGUUGUACAUGAGCGCACAUCAAAGGGCACUGUUGGUUUGGUUGCUGUUUCUGCUUCAGGAGAAGUUGUAAUGCCUUAUAAUACAACAUGCAUGUCUAGAGCGUGUGCUACUGAAGAUGGAUAUUCUGAAGUUGCAACUUGGUUGAGAAUUCAGUUUUGGGUGGUAUAUUAAGGGUGGUAUAUUAGACUCUCUUAUUCUUAGGGAAAACACUGUUAUUUAAAAGUUGGAGCAUGAUACACUAUAAAAUUUAUUUAUAUUUCUUUCUAAUUGAACUAUACACGAUCACUCAUUUUAGGGCUCUCCAAAUUAUAGUUGAAAAUGUUAGUAUGUUCAAGAAAGGAGAAACUAAUGCUUUAAGAAUUGUUGAGAGUGCUUGCAGCUCAAGUUUGUGUUCAAGGAGGAACAUAUUGGGAUUCUUGUAUUUGAAUGAGAUCUUAUGGUGGCUGAUGAGGGAUUUACGAUCAUGGCAGGCUACAGUUAUCCUAACAUAGGUUAUUGACUGUGUGAGAGAACUACAACCCCAAGGUGGCAGAUAGGUCGCAUGCCUUAUCUAAGGAAUCAAAUAGUGAUGGUGCUACCUUUAUCGAUGAUGGCCUAUUCUCUUGUCGACGCACAAUUUUAUUUACUCUAUGUUUUUUGUUAUUGUUUGUUUACUUAUGUAAAUUAUGUAUUAUUCUUUAUAGGUUGGAGCACCAUUAUCAGCAUUCAGUAUUUUGAAAAUGUUAAAAACUUUCUGGUGGCUGUUCAUGAAAUUAGAAUUCCUACAUUUGAAGCAUCUGAUCUGGAACAAAUAUGUAAAUGAUCAAAUGUUUAAUAAUGUUAGAAUAUCAAGAUUGUUAAAAUUUAUGAAUAAGUAUUUAACUGGUGGUA